GAGCUCUGCAAAUUUGGCGAUUUUGACGAUAAAAAUGAUUGGAAUCGUACAGAAAUUACAUUUAUAACACAGAUAAGUGGAAAAAUCUUUAUUUACUUAAUUUGAUUAUUCUUUUUUUUUUACUUUUCGUAACAGCUAUUUUCAUUGGAGUAUGAUCGGUGAGGCUUUGCCUCCCCUGCCUCUUCUGACCGCAUGUCCCUGGCGUACAGUACGGAACAAAUACCAAAUCUCGUGAUUGAAUAGCAUUAUUUAAAAAAUGGCCUUGCGAAAAUGGAAGCCCGCUGAUUGAAAUUGCGCUGAUUUUAACUGCACGUAAAAGAACCAGGUCUGCUUCUGUGGGAUCUACGCGCAAAAUCAAGCCUGUAUACCAUAGACGUUUUUGUCAAGGUUUUUCAAACAAUAAACAGCAGAUGUGCAGCAACCAACAAUCACAACAUAACACAACAAAAGUCUGGGAAUGCUUUAAAUAGCUGACACUUCAAGUUAAAUGUGGAGCUCGAUAUGACCUCCCCGCCAACACUUUCCCAGCCGCCUUCUGACCCCCUCUUCGCCACCGUGUGCGUGGAAGUUUUUUUUUUUAGCCGUCCUCUCGUUGAUAGCGUUUGGUGUCUCACAUCAAUAGCUGUGAAAUUGCUUGUUCAGUCAUGCAUGGAAAAAGCAUCGGAGCAUUUGUCAAGGCAGAACGCGCACUGGGCAUUCGUCAGCUGCAGCAAUUCAACCCGCUCGAGCGUACACACACACACACGUGGCUCCUUUGGAUUGUUUUUAUUUUCUGCAGAAUGCUAUGUAUAAAGACCCUGGCGGAUGGGGCCAAAUUCAAACCACAUGCCGGUGAAAUUUCUGCCCUGCGCAAGCUUUUAUGCAAUGUGUGUGUGUUUUUUUUUUGUAUUUCACUGGUCACGUCCUCUUGGCUUGCAUAGGUUAUAUUGAUAGCAUCCCACCCUGGUUUCCGGCGUGCAGACUGUUUUGUAAUUAUGGCAUGCACAAGCGCUCUUGCAUCACCACCACCACCCACCUACCCCUCCUCAUGUGGCUGCCACUUGGUACAGUCCAAAGUGAUUCCUCCCGGCCAGGAUUAACCACAGCACCAGUUGUGAAAUUGUGUUCCCGCGUUAGCAGCACAAGUCUGCUAGAUCACCCAAUUUGUUCACCUCUUACCUUUAAUUUUGUAGUUUCGCAUGUAUAUUUAAACUUGCUUUUAUAAUUGUUUUCGUAUUUAUUUUGGAGCAACUGUAACGCAGAGCGUGUGCGCACGCGAUGAACAGAUAUUCUGACAUCCAGGAUGCAGCUCACCUUCACUGGAGAGAGGCUUCGGGAUUCUGCCUAUGAAUGCGCUGCAUUAGUCCGGGCCAGCUGUUGUGUCCAGCAGGAGGCUUCUACGCACUGUGCCGCAUGUCGACGGAUCACCUCUACGCCUCCGUUUAUGUGAUGGGAUGGCUUGAACCGAGCCACAGUGCUGCCUGCGCGCUGUAGCAACCUUACAGCAAAAUAACAACAACAGCAACAACAGCAGCAGCAGCGGCAGGAACAACAAAGAGAGUGCUCCCGGGAAGCUGCUGCUUCAGCCUGGGAGUUGCCGUCUGCCUGCGGAUGUCCCAUCCAGCACGGAGGAAUCCGUCCAGUGCUCGGGGAGGCGGGGGGGGGGGGGGGGGGGGCCGCGGUGGCCGCGCGGCGGUGACAACAGUGUGCAAAAAUCCAUCUUUUUGAGACCGCCUCGGAGCAGUGCGGAACCACGCGGAGGGAGAUCCACCGUGGGGUUUUUUUUAGCGCCCAUGGUGCCUGUGCGUGGAUGCAGAGUCGGUGCCCCCGCGCACGCGGCGUGACACCGUGCUCAUCGUCUGGAGAAUAGAUUUUUUUUGUUGCGGGCGCUGCUGCGAGGCGAGAAUUUGUUUUUGUUGCGGAGAGCCUCGGUCAAUUGGUUCCCUCGACUUUUGUAAAGCGGCAUGUGCGUUCAUGCUAGAAGAAGGCGCUCUUCAAAGCCGUUUGGAACAUAGGCGAAUGAUUGUGUGCGAUUUGGCAUUGAAAUGAAGAACAAAGGCACACUGGUCUCAUGGAGUUUAGCGACACAGUUUGAAGAAGCGUUUGUGAAGACAUAAAUCGAUUUACUUGUCAUUGCCUGAGGUAAGAACACAAUAAUUGUCCUCUUUUUUUCACGCGGUAUUUAAACUAUGCGCUGGUAAACGUCAAUGCGCGUCGCUGGCUGAAGCAAUUUAUAGUGAACGUGUAAGCUGGCCCUUCCGGAGCACAGCCCGCCUCUGCAAAGCCGCAGCAGGUGAAGCCAGAAUGUCGGCAGCACAGGCAGACGGUGACGAGGGAUGGAUGGGCGCCGCGCUGCUCCCGGGCAGCUCGGAGGGCCCCCCCCGCGUGCGGCCCCCCCGCACAGGAUCGGAGCCUCGGAGGAAGACCGUGUACCGUAUCUGCGUCACGAUGGUGAAACACGAGUCCCUGGAGGAGACGGGAACGGACGAGCGGCCUCCGGGUGACGCCGCCACCACCGCCGCCUUGCUACGGACCGAUGCUCCCACGGGCGGCGGCAAAGGGCGCGAGUGCACGGCGUGCGCCUCCGCUGCCACCGCCGAGGAGAGGGGGAGCUGCGAACGAGGAGAGGGCCGUCGAUGGGAAGGAUGUAUCGAAGGGGCCAGCGGUGGAGUCUGUCCAGCGUUUGCAGCGGGGAUUGGUGCUGGACACGGGAAAGUGCAGGCACUCGAUUCACCGCAUGGAAGGUGCGAGGAGGUGCGCACGAUCCCCGAGCAGGUGAACGUCAGAGAGAGAGUUAGCGUUUACGAGCACAUUGCCGAUGGUGCCAAGGUGGGAUCGGCAGGUUCAAAGGGACGUGCCGCGGCGUGUCCAGAAAAGCACACGUACGUGCGGGAAGUGGACAAAACCCUUGCAUCUGCAGAGAGGAGCUCGCGUGUUGUAUUAGCCACGGGAGAGUGGCCUGGAGAGCGUUGGAGUAGAGAAGUGGCGUCGCCCAACUUAAAGGGCCACGAUCAAAAGGCCGUGUGUGAAAAGGCUCCCGUAAGUCUCGCUGUCAAUCGUGGCCUAAAUAAGCGUACGGAAUGUCUGAUGGGACACUCGGUAGACACGUUGAGCUUCUCAAACAAGGAUCAGAUUUCCAGCGCUGAUCGCAGCUGCUCACCUGUAUCAGCAUUGGCUGAUGAACAUGGAUCCGGCUCAUCUGGCAGCAGAAGCUGCUCCAAAGUUGGGCUCAGGUGCAGCAGGGCCCAGAUGCGAGAUUGUAACGUGAGAAGGCGACCUGCCAGUGCUUGUGCAUUGAGCACAUACGAAAGCCAGAGUACCAGGGCUAGGGAUGCCACGAUGUCAGCAGGGAUGCAGAAAGUUGAAUGCCAGAGGAAAGUCAAGAGCGCCAGUGGACAUAUUUGUGUCGGCAGAGGAUUGACGGUGGAUGGGUCGCAAUAUCAUAGCCUGGUUUCGAGUCAGAAAGAUGUAGAUAAAUGUCUGUGUGCCCUUAAGGUUGGUCCCUCCGGAGCGAUAUCUGAAGCGUGCUUUCGUCACAAUGUGGCGAAUUUGGCAGAAUUGUGCUCGGCACAAAAAAAUGCAGUUGAUGAUGUCAACAAAUUGGCUUAUUCCAAAUUGCCUAAAGCAGACUAUGAAAUAGGAACAGCCGAAAUGAUGGCUGUCAUGCCAAUUGGCCAGAGCGCCAUGCAGGGGCAAUGCAUUGUGGGUAACACUGAUAAGCAACCUGUGACAGCUGCUUCUGCAACAGCAGCCUCAUUCCAUGAUAUGCCACAGCUAUCAUGCACAGCGAGUGCUCGGAAUGUUUGGGGUGAUGAAGAGAAUAAGUCCGUGCUUAACAGUGAUAUGCAACAGAGCCCAAAAUCGAAUCGGGGUAUAAAUCACUCCAUUUUGAAAAGAGAAGAUGCUGUGGAUAGGCCUGGCAAGCCAGGGGACAAGGCUCCACUUCCCGGUGGAAGCGGAGGGGAUGGCUCCUUCCCUGCCACAGGAUCCCAGGCUCCGUGCGAGCCCAUCAAUGGAGACAAACCGACGUCAGCAGCUGCUGAAAGGGUAAUUGAAGAAGCAUUGCAGGGAGCACGCACAGAUUUUAAAUCACUUGAAGAUGACUCGACUGGCCCGGACAUGUCUGGCACAAGUCAGAAAAGGCCCACGAGUCUGCUCUUGCCAGGCGCCACGGGCUCGGGCAGGAGGGAGGUGCUGAGUGAUCUGGAUUCUCCCUUGUGCCAUGACGGGCAGCCAUUGCAAGUGCCGUGCUCCCUGAGCAACGACCUGCAGGAGCUCACUCUGCCCAACAGGGAAUCGGACCAUUCAGUGAACCACAAAAACAAGUUUCUCACACCUUCGAAGUCAACUCCUGGACGACCACAAAAAAGCUUCAGCUUUCGGCUGCUCGGGGGGAGGGAUGCGAUGGUGCAACGGAGAGCGGAAAGCCAAGACAGAGCAGAGCGGUACUUAGGAAAAACGUGUCAGGUGCCCGACUUGACAAAAGGAAGGUCCGUGGAGAGGAAGGUAGUGCCGACCGUGCGCCUUCACGAGAAGCGGAAAACGGUGGAUGUCGGGGAGGUGCUCUCCAAGACAGACACGCUGCUUCUGCUGCUGCAUGGUAACCAUCAGCCGCACAUGCAGCCGGAGCGCGCGAGCCAGACUCCUCGAUCUGUCUCCAGCGAGGAGGACAAUGAGAUGCCUUCAGCCGGACCAGGACCCGCAAGCACCAACUCGCUCUCGCCGAUGGAGAAGACCGGCGCAGAUGACCCGCACAAGCUGCGCAGGUUCUUCAGCGGUAUUUUGGGACAGAGGGACUCGGGGUCGCACCUCUGGUUCGGCCUUGGGAACUACCGCAUGGACGAGAAAGGAGGGAAGGCCACGGCUGAGGAAGCGGCGGACAUCGAUAGAGGCUCUGAGCCGGAAAUUCGCAUUCACUUGGACAGCAUCAGCAACCCUGGGGGCAACGACACGAGCGACUCAUUUGUAAACAGCCAGGAGUGGACCCUCAGCAGAUCUGUGCCAGAGCUCAAAGUGGGGAUCCUGGGAAACCUGGCGAGUGGCAAAUCAGCGCUGGUGCACCGCUACCUGACGGGCACAUACGUGCAGGAGGAGUCACCGGAAGCGCUGGAAGCAGGCGGGCGCUUCAAGAAGGAAAUCAUUGUGGACGGACAGAGCUACCUGCUCCUCAUCCGGGAUGAAGGCGGUCCCCCAGAGCCCCAGUUCGCGUCGUGGGUCGACGCCGUGAUCUUCGUGUUCAGCCUGGAGGACGAGAUCAGCUUCCAGACGGUCUACAACUACUACAGCCGCCUCGCCAGCGUGCGCAACGCCUCCGAGCUGCCGCUGCUGCUCGUGGGGACGCAGGACGCGAUCAGCGCCAGCAACCCGCGCGUCAUCGACGACGCCCGCGCCCGCAAGCUCUCCAACGACCUCAAGCGCUGCACUUACUAUGAGACGUGCGCCACCUACGGCCUCAAUGUGGAGCGAAUCUUCCAGGACGUUGCACAGAAGAUCGUUGCGAUGAGAAAGAAACAGCAGCUCUCCAUUGGGCAGUGCAAGUCCCUGCCCAACUCUCCGAGCCACACCAACAUGAGCACGGGCGCCAUCCCCUCCGUGCACAUCAACCAGAUCCCGGCCAGCAAUGGCGGCGGCGGCGGUGGCGGUGGCGGUGGCGGUAGCGUGGUGGGUGGGGGAGGGGCCUUCAGCGACUACUCGAGCUCCGUGCCGUCCACCCCGAGCACGAGCCAGAAGGAGCUGCGACUCGACCCGCUGCCCGUGUCCUCCGGCACCCCCACGCCCGUGCGCAAGCAGUCCAAGCGCCGCUCCAACCUCUUCACGUCGCGCAAGGGCAGCGACACGGAGAAGGAGAAGAAGAGUGUGGAGGCAAAGUCGGACAACAUUGGCAGCGGCAGAGCCAUCCCAAUUAAACAGGGCAUGCUGCUGAAGCGCAGCGGGAAGUCGCUGAACAAGGAGUGGAAGAAGAAGUACGUGACCCUGUGUGACAACGGCAUCCUCACGUACCACCCGAGCCUGCACGACUACAUGCAGAACGUCCACGGUAAGGAGAUCGAUCUGCUGCGCACCACCGUGAAGGUGCCGGGCAAGCGGCCACCGCGUGCCUCUGCUGGCCUCGGACCCAGUGCCAGCCCCAAGGCCAACGGCCUCGCCAAGGAGCUGAGCAGCACGCAGCUCGCGGCCACGGCGCCCGGCGCACCGGGGGGCGUACAUGCGGAGCGCUCCAUCAGUGGCAUCAACCUGGUGUCGUACAACAUGCGGCCCGAGGGCCUCCACCAGCGCUCCUUCUCCGUGUCGAGUGCUGAGCAGUGGAACGAGGCCCCCGCCGGUGCCGUCUCCGCCAACGCGAACGGGGUGAGCGACGCGCCCUGCUCCAGCCCCAGCAUAUCGAGCACCACCAGCCCCAAGCUGGAGCCGCCCGCGUCCCCGCACAGCAACCGCAAGAAGCACCGGAGGAAAAAGAGCACGGCGAACCCACGCGCCGACGGCCCGGCCAACAGCGCCGAAGAUAACGACGAGCCGUUUGAGUUCCUCAUCGUGUCACUCACGGGCCAAAGUUGGCACUUCGAGGCCUCUUGUGCUGAGGAGCGCGAGUCUUGGGUGCAGGCCGUGGAGAGCCAGAUCUUUGCCAGCCUGCAGUCCUGCCACAGCUCCAAGAACAAGACACGGACGGGCAGCCACAGCGACGCCGUCACCAUCCAGUCCAUCAGGAACAUCCGAGGGAAUGCCUUCUGUGUCGACUGUGAUGCUCCCAGCCCAGACUGGGCGAGCCUGAACCUGGGCGCCCUCAUGUGCAUCGAGUGCUCGGGGAUCCACCGCAACCUGGGCACGCACCUCUCGCGCGUGCGCUCGCUCGACCUGGACGACUGGCCGCUGGAGCUCGCUGCCGUCAUGCUGGCCAUCGGCAACGCCACGGCCAAUGGCGUGUGGGAGGCCGACACACAGGGCCUCGGCAAGCCGCAGCCAGACUCGCCCAGGGAGGAGAAGGAGCGCUGGAUCCGUGCCAAGUACGAGAGCCGCGCGUUCCUGGGGGCGGCGCCGGCCUGCGAGGUGCCGCUGGGCCAGCAGCUGCUGCGCGCCGUCGUGGAGGACGACCUGCGCGCCGCCGUGCUGCUGCUGGCCCACGGCUCGCGCGACGACGUCAACGACACGUACGGCGACGGCGACGGACGCUCGGCGCUGCACCUCGCCUGCGCCAUGGCCAACGUCGUGCUGGCGCAGCUGCUCAUCUGGUACGGCGUGGAGGUGAGUGCCCGGGACGCGCACGGCUACACGGCGCUCGUGGCGGCUCGCCGCGCCGGCAGCCAGGAGUGCGCCGAGCUGCUCCUGCAGUACGGCUGCCCCGACGAUGCCGGCACCGGCAACGCCUCGGCGCCCACCCCCAACCCCACGCGGCGCAACCCCAACAUCAACAACAGCAACUCCAGCGGCGGCGGCGGCGGCAACAACAAUAACAAUGGCGCCGCCGUCGCCGCCGUGGGCAUAAGCAGCAGCAGCAGCUUCACCGGCAGGAGUGACAUGAAGACCUCGGCGAGCAUGAUUUGAGCGGCGGACAAGCGAGCGCGAGCGGGCUCGCCGAGUGCGUGGGUCACGUGUGCUCGGGCUCUAGCCCUGCGCUCGUCCCGCCUGCCUGGUUAUAGUCGCGUGUCGGCGGCAUUGUCCGCGGUCGGUCAGGGAGCUGUCGCACGCGACCGCUAACAAGGCGGUCUGCUCGCUGUGCGAAUCCGUCCUGCGUAGGGCAUUGCAUGCACAAGCGCUUUGCUUGUACGGCUACUCCACCUCUCCCAUCUCACGAGCAUGCUUGACAAGGAACAACUCUCUGCUUUGCUUCUUAAGUAAUCUCCGUAUAAAGUUCACGUGUUCUUGCGAAAGUGGGCACAGAGGCUCUUUUCUUGAGCCGUGCGUUUUUUAAAAUGUUUCUGUUUAGUUGGUGUUGUCGGUAGAAUGCAUGUGGUCGUGCGGACGUUCUGGAAGGCUUGUGUGUGCGUGCGUGUGUCUGACCUUUGCCCCCAACCCCCCCCCCCCCCCCCCGUGAGGAUCUUGCUGGACGCCGGGCUGAGAGGCCCCCGCGCAUAGAGAGCGGGACAAAGCCCCACUGAGUUUUGUGGUCCCCCUUCGGUCACUGCCGUUGAGUUUUAAAGGAGAUGCUGCAACCACUGCAAAAAGUGCUGAAUUAAACGUACGCUUAGGCACGUCACGUAACGACCCUGACGACAAACUUGUGAAUUUUGAUUUAAAGCUUUCGUGACUGCAGGGAUUCAUAUUUUAUUGUUUCCCUUCUACGUGACUUGACCGAAAGAACCAAGAAUAUGAAACUUGUGAAUGUUCCAGUGCACAUCCAGUUCCAGGCUUGCAUCUGUAAAUACACCCUCAUGUCGGUCACAGCUACAUUGCAGAGGCAAAUUAGCUUUUACUAAAGGAAGUGAACAAACGUGAUAACCCCUCCAGCACUCCUGUUGAAGAACUUUAUAGAUAACUCCACUUCAUUGCUGGUAUUUUCUGGUAACUUUGCAAUUGUAGUGACUACAAAUGGCAACAAAGUGUUGAGAAUAAUGAGAGCAUUCAGGUGUCUGCGCAGUUGGCAGAUGAUGGGAUGUACACGGCGUUUCGAACAAACAGUACCAGCGGCACGGAAUGUAUUUCAAUAGAUUUCACCGGCUGUUCUCUACAAGUUGCAGGUGUUUUGGCUUUCCCUACAGUGUUAUUGUAGUGACUGCCUGUGCUGUGUAUGGCUUGCAUAUUACCGUUCGAAAGUAACCACCUUUCAUUCAAGUAAACGCUACCGAGAAGGGCAGACUUUGAAUACUCAUUCUGGCUUGCUGCGAAUAAAUCCAGUACUUCACUGCGUAAGUGUGUAAACGACUUUCAGGACCACUUUGAUCGCCAUCGCACUAUAACGCCGCCUGCAAUUGUAGUAUUUAAAAGUAGCUGCCACUGUAAUGUGCAUAGCCUGGUUAUUUGAGCAAGUGAAAACUUACGUAGAUUGCCUGCAUAGCGUCUGCAUAUCGGUCAGGAAUUGAGAUGCUUUUUUGUUUCUUUGCUGCAGCACGACCACACGAAGGCAGUAGUUUGAAGUACUUGCGGUUACAUUUUCAUCUUUUCUUGCUCAUUGGAACCAGCGUUACACUGAGAAUUGAAUUCCAAGUAGUGACCACCAACUCUCUCCCUCUGAAUUCCCCUUGUAUCCGUCGACCCCCCUUCUGCUUUGGACCGUUCCUUCUUCACACUCUUGGCCCCCCGCCCGCACACCUUGCACAGGUGAAUUCUUGGGUCGUCUGCAACUCGGCAUAAUGGGUCCUUUCAUUAGGCAGGGGUGUGAAACCUGCGCGCCCCGCGUGGUUCCGGGCGAGAAGACAGGAAAAGAGGCACCUCGGAUUACGAUCUCUGCGUGUCUUUGUUUGUGAGAGUCGUAUGUGUGGCGGGUGCAGCACCGCACCGUGUGCUGCUUCACACGGGCGGUUUAAUUUAUUUACCCGAAUCGCAUUUGUACCAUAGCGCGGGCCAGUGUAUAUUUUGUAAAUGCUGCAACGUACAGCACAAUAUUUAUAAGGUGUAAAUAAUUUUUAUGCUCGUGCUGCAGGCGUGUAUUUAUUGUGAUACCCCCCCCCCUCACGCAGGACCCCACCUACUCCCCUCCCAUAGUGCCGUCGGCACCUAAAGGUCCACAGUUCCCGCUCCCCCAACCUCUGGGCAGACAAGUCCACUAGGAGACCAGGGGAAGGGGGUCUUGGACCACCACAUCAUUCGGAAACCAAGGCCACCACGAGGCCAGGGAACAGGGACACUGGUCAGCCAGGUGGCUGGGGCCAGUAAGGCCAGAGAGGCCAGAGGGCCCUGAGUGUUGGCAACCGGUAUGGCUAAAAUUCAGGGCUGAGACCCAGGGUCAGAGUGGUUGAGUGACCUGGGUCAGGGGCUGGCUUGGGUGGCCCAGGGUCCAGGGGACUGGGGUGUUCGGGAUCCAGGGACACCAGUGAGUGAGUUGAGUGAGAGUGGGUGUGUCCCGGAGGUUGUUACACUGCGCGUGCAGGAAUUGCGAAUUUAUGUCCGUUGUAUUUUUUACUCUCAAUCUAUACUCUGCGUUUAAACGUUUACCGUACAGCAUAUAUGAGGCAGGGCUAUUGUUGCUUAAUUUCUUGUAGAAAUGCAUUGGAAGUCAGUAUUAUGUACUUUACACGCUCAAAUAACAUCAGGCGACUCAUACCAUGUAAUGUAUUAUUUUAAAAAUUAAAGAAACAAUAUAUUGUUUUGUUUUUUUAUUGUGAGAAUAUAAAAAUGGAAAUAAAUUUUAAAAAGACGUAAAAUAAAAACAAUACGAAAAGUGUUGAAA